UAUCUAAUAUCAUUAAUAUGCCUUUCUGUAAACUGGUGUCAUUAUACACCCUUUUCAAUACUCACGUGUGUGUGUGUGUGUGUGUGUGUGUGUGUGUGUGUGUGUGUGUGUGUGUGUGUGUGUGUGUGUGUGUGUGUGUGUGUGUUCAGGCUCAGGCGGUGAAAGACAGAAACUCCAUGCUGCGUUUGACGAGCAUCGGAUCGGACGAUGACGACGAUACUGACGGAGGAGAGCGAGAAAGAGCCUCAAACGCUGGAGGAGGAAAUGGAAAUGGAGGAGGGGGAGAAAGAGGAGAAGGAGGAAGAGGAGGAAGAGGAAGCAACGAACAUCACCGCAGAGUUCAGAUGACCUGGACCAAAGAGAAGAGCUCUCAGUACCGAGCGGCUCACUCUGGAUGCUCCACUCCAGAGGGAUUCAGAGACAUGCUCAGCAUGAGGCCGGAUCACUCUAACGUCAGGCGGAUGCACACCGCGGUGAAACUCAACGAGGUCAUCGUCAAUAAAUCCCACGAUGCCCGGCUGGUCCUGCUCAACAUGCCGGGGCCGCCCAGGAACACGGACGGAGACGAGAACUACAUGGAGUUCCUGGAGGUCCUGACAGAAGGGCUGGAGCGCGUCCUAUUGGUCAGAGGAGGAGGAGGUGAAGUCAUCACCAUCUACUCCUGAUUGGACGAAAACCAAGGAAGCGAUAAAGACGCAGCCAAUCACAUAGAAGCGAGCGAAGGGGGAGACGAUGAGGGGGGGGGGGGCAAAAGGAGAGACUCUCAUUGGCUGUCAGCCCCCCGAAACCUUUUCCUUUCAUCCUUAGGGUUUCCAUUCCACUUAUGUCAAGCUACAGAAAUGCCAACACAAUUCCACGAUCGAAGACAAAUAAUAAGAGUGAUCAGCCGUGUGUGAGAGCGUGUAAGUGUGUGUGUGUGUGUGUGUGUGUGUUGUCCAUCUGUGGGGGGUGCGGUCUGUUGGAGAAGGGGACCAGUGUUGCGUUUUUUUUGGUGGCGGUGGACAAGCGAAUGAGAGGAGAUGCAACGAAAUGACGAGACUCAGGGUGUCUUUUUGUACAGAGUGUAUUGUGGAUGUGUUUGAGAGUAGGCCGAGUGUCUGGAUUUUUUUUUUUGUCUCCUUGAGGACACAGUGAAUUUUAUUAUAAUACCACAUGAACAGGAAGUGAGGAGCCUCAGUGAAGCAUCAGUGUGUCCUUACUUGAAAGUGUAACAUUUCUCCUAACAAUAAUGGCCUAUUUUCUUUGCAUAACCACUAUAUAUGCACAGACCUCAGAAUACAUUUUUCGUACAUAUUUGUUCUAUAAAAGCUUGUUUUCACCAGGGUUAGAAAGUGGAAAAAUAAAAGACUCAACCAAUGACUUAUCGAGUAAAGAAAUUGAGUCAAA